AUGAAGGCUAGCGCUACAGAAAUUUAUAUGCAAGGUUAUAUUUUGCAACAAACAUUUCCUAUGGGGUCUGAUGUCAGAGAUGCCAUCAAUAACGCAUGGGGAUACAGUCAGAGGAACGGCUGCAUUGCCACUACAGUUAUAUUUGCUUUGGCUAUUCCAUCUAUCGCAGUUUGGAGAAACUACAAUGCGGACAAGAAAAAAACAAAGGAUUAG